GCAGUCGACGCUCGCUGCCCCCUGACCGCCCUCCUAAUCUCCAUGCGCCCCUAGUCAGACUACAAGAACACUACUCUCUUCUAAUCGCCUCGACUCGCCCCGAUCCCCACACAUGGUCGACAGUACUUGGGCACACCAACAGCGCCGCGAAGGCGGAUGGGCUGCGUUUGAUUCAGAAAAACCUCGGGCUACCAACUGGCUGGCCAGCAUAAUUGGUGCAAAGGAAGAGCUCCCCUCACACAUCGACCAGAAGCCAUCCGCGGACGAUGUCGCCCAUCGCCUCAAGGGUAUCAAGAGGUCCUUCCUUCGGCGACUACCCUCUACCGAGUCAAUAUGGCCGCAACGGCGAGGUCCCCGGCUCACCGACCAAGGCAGGUCGUCUGUCUCCAUCCCCUCCGCGACGACAGUACGCUUUGUGCUCCUCUGUGCCCUCUGGUACACCACCUCCGCCCUCUCGUCCAACACCGGAAAGUCGAUCAUGACCCUCUUCCGCUACCCGGUCACCCUCACCUUCGUCCAGUUCGGCUUCGUCGCUGGGUACUGCCUCCUCUUCAUGAGCCCUCUCGUACGCUUUUCGAGGCUACGGUAUCCCAACAAGGCGAUCAUCCAGAGCACGUUCCCCAUGGGUGUUUUCCAAGUGGGCGGCCAUAUAUUUUCGAGUAUGGCGAUAUCGCGCAUCCCGGUUAGCACGGUACACACCAUCAAGGCACUCUCGCCGCUAUUCACCGUCGCGGCGUACGCCCUCCUAUUCGGCGUCAGCUACUCCCCGAAGACAUACGUUUCGCUGCUGCCGCUCACGCUUGGCGUCAUGCUGGUGUGUACCUCCGACAUGUCCGUGUCGAACGCGAUCGGUCUCCUAUGCGCGUUCGGCUCUGCGAUCGUGUUCGUGUCCCAGAACAUCUUCUUCAAGAAGAUCGUCCCCUCGGGCCCGAGCGCCCAGUCCUCGCACAAACUCGACAAGCUCAACCUGCUGUUCUACUCGUCGAGCAUGGCCUUCCUGCUCAUGAUCCCCAUCUGGCUAUACCACGACCUCCCCGCGCUGCUUUCUGCGCAGGUCGAUCCCGCGCAUGUCGCGCACCCAACACACGGGCAUGCUACGCCGCACUCGGUCACAUACUAUUUCAUCGCGAACGGCACGGUGCACUUCGCCCAGAACAUCAUCGCGUUCGUUAUCCUCGCCUCGACCUCCCCCGUUACGUACUCGAUCGCUUCGCUCAUCAAGCGCGUCGCCGUAAUUUGUAUUGCGAUUGUCUGGUUUGCGCAGCCCGUCCACGGGCUCCAAGCGGUCGGCAUCACGAUGACCUUCGUCGGCCUGUACAUGUACAACAACGCAAAGGGCGACGUCGAGAAGGGCGAGCACAAGAUGCGCAGGGUUGAGGCCGCGCGCGAUCUCGCGCUGCCCACGACGAAGGCCGAACUGGAGAGUGACACCGAGGUCUCACCCGGAGACGUUCGGGCGGACGCAAUCGCCCCGGAGCCUCUCGCCGCCAUGCCCGAGUAUUCUAUGGGCUCCGCGUACGGCCGCCUCGCGAACGCGCAUGCCCACCCUCCACCUGCUGUGCCCGCCGCGCCCCCCUCGCGCCACGCACCACCCCCGCCGCUGUCCUACUCGCGCACGCACCCGAACUCGAACCUCCACAUCACGAUCACGCCACCGAGCGCGACGAAGGCAACAUACGCGACCUCGUCGCCCGUCGACUCGUAUCCCUCGCCGCCGCCGUCACUGGACUCGCCCCCAUCGAGCGCAGUACAGCCCGGCGCGCCCGCACAGACGGCGCCGUGGAAGCUGCAGCGGCGACCGUCGAUGGUCGCGGGGCACCCGCCGCCGCACCAGCGGCCGGAGAUUGGCACGCGACGGGCAUCGGUAAUGGCGUAGGCCGCAGACGUGUUGUGUUUAUUGCGCGUAUGUAUGAUGGGGCGCUCGAGCCCAUUGACGAUUAGAUACCCUUUUCUUACAUUCUGGUGUGGAUGGGAGGUGGUAGAGAGGAGGGAGGGAGCGGCGCAUGCUUAGAUCUUACCUUACUACAGCGCAAGCGCGGACUCCAAAUUGGAAAGAAACCGAGACUUUGAACUAGGCUUCGAGGCUACCUCGGGACCCUGCUAUUCUCAUUCCACAGGACAUGUUGUCACCACUGGACCUGCGAUUCAGCCACUCCUAAAUAUUGUGCAUGUAUGUUAUGGCCUUGGCGAGCGAUAUCAAAGCACACGCG